CGCGCGUGCUAGGUGUGUACUUUAAGUGACAGUUAAGUGAUGCAAUUAGCGCACUCACGAGCCUGGCAAUAUCAAAGAACUUACACCGCUUAAUGUCUAAACGUAGGUAUCGAUGACCUACGAUGCCCGUGGCUUGGAAACAAGCCCAAAAUAGUCGACGUUCGUCGUUUAAUAACCAGUGUCUGACGACUCGGACAGUACAAAAGGAUGGUCAACAAGGGAAAAGGUCGAUUGUGCACUACAUAAAGCCUUCAAAGGACAAACACUAUGUACCUACUCGUUUGAUUGUAGUUAACAAAGGACGCAACCGAGACAGCACCGGAUACAUUGUUUCCCCAUUGACAAUCUUGGAACAUGAUGUUCAAAGGGAUGUUGAGCUGUCCGGGGAAAAGUUUAGUCUGCGAAUUAUUCACAUAGAUGGUGACACAUGUUCUGUUCUACAGCAACUGGCUCCCUAUCUCGUUCAUGUUGAACUCUCUGACCUACAACUUACCGAGGUACCGCAAGGUAUUCUGGGCAGAUUCACCACCGCCCUGGAAUCUUUACAUCUAGACAAUAACAAGUUUGGUGAUGCUUUAUUCAAUGCACUCGAAGGAUCCUACAGACAAUAUCAUUCAUUCCGAAUCGCAAAGAACAAAAACCUUCAACUACAAGAGGUCCAUUGGUUACAGACACUGAGGGAACUCAGUUUGGAAUACAACUUGAUUUGCGGCAAACUUCCUUUUAACACACUACGUCUGUUAUCCCAACUUCAGCGGCUGUAUCUCACUGGUAAUGCCAUUUCCACGCUUCAGGGCAUUGACUCUCUUCAUGGAUUGCGCGUUCUCGGAUGUGAUUAUAAUCAACUCGGUGAACUGCACAAAGAUGUGUUUAAAUUGCGGCGACUGGAGUGCGGUUAUUUUGCUCGAAACUGUAUCAUACAACCGGUGACCAGUGCUGGUGUACUUGGUCUAGUGAAUUUACGGAUUCUGGACAUUUCGCAUAAUGGCCUGGUUACGUUACCUGGCGCUCUGUUCAAGUUGCAAGUUCUUGACUCCUUACAGGCCAGUCACAACAAGAUUGCUGUGUUACCAAAUAUUUCAGGCGGCCCUCAGCUAAGGGUACGUCCCCUCAGCAUCAUUGAUUUGUCGAACAAUUCUGUAACAUCCAUCCCACCUGCUUUCGUGAAAAUAGUCAACUUCUUGGAUCUGAGCUACAACCGCAUUCGCAAUGUGCCGUCUGCUAUGCUUAAAUGGUUAUCAAAUGCCAGUCAACGGCGCGGGUGCAAACCGUCAGAGUUAUUCGCCAUAGAUUUGACUGGAAAUCAUAUCGUUUGGCCUCCUGGGGAAGCCACUACGGAUAAUGUGGACAGUAUGGUGGAAUACUAUUCUGAGAAACGAACUGAAGCACACGCUUACCAUGGUCUGAAAGUCAUGUUUUUUGGUACUUCGAACUGUGGAAAAACCAGCCUAGUAACCAGCAUGUCCGAUGGCCAGUAUCGUUACGCAGACUCAUCGGAAGAGAGCACAUUUGGAAUUGAUUUAUUCGAGAUUCCAUUCGACACGGGUUCUGUGCAGUUGACAGCCGAUCGACCUAAUGCGCUCGGUCAAACAGCUAGCAGACGAAUCAAUAUGUCCGUCUGGGAUUGUGCUGGUCUGCAUUGUUAUAAACAGUUACUGGCCUAUUUCUCCGCCUCCCCUUUGAUCAUUGUCGUUUCUAUUGACAUGGAGCAGUAUGCCCUAAUGAAUCAGUUCGAUGAGAACUUAUUUCACAAUCUGAUUGGUCAAUGGGUCGACUUGAUUUUGGCGCGUUCCCUAGAGGCACUUAUUUUACUAGUCGGAUUGAAGAGUGAUCGAAUCGAGUCGAAAGAAGAGUUAAUGAUGUACUUGUCCAAAAUGCACGAAGACGCCAUCAGGUAUUUAAAUGACAGGAGAGGGUGGCUUUAUGCGGAAAUCGAACGUCUAGAGAAUCUUUCAUACGCUUCAUCAUCAAUUAAGCAGUUGUAUGAGCAAUUGAACCAUAUCUAUGAGUCGGCCAGAAUACAUGUGUAUAAACCAGCCAUUCCUGUGUCCUGCUGUGCAUCUGCUGGCAAAUCAAAUGAACUCGGCUGGAACUCACUAUUUCAUGGUCUCACGGACGCGGUGUUAAAACAUCCGCAUAUACUACCCCAUUUUUUAUCGCCACUACCUCCGAUAUGGUCGGAUAUUACAGACUACCUGGAGGAUUUGAGUUCUCCACAAAACGAAACUGCACCUGUUGACAUGGGAAUGCCAUUGAUUGAAAAAUCUCAACUCAUAAGCCAGAUACAAGCAAAGUUUCAUGUAAACCGUGCAGAUAUCAUUGUGCUGUUCCGUUAUCUCCAUGAGACUGGACGCCUAUUCAUUCCUCAGUUGGCCUUAACCAGGGAGGAGCGCGCAUAUCAAGAAGCCAUUGAGUCUACACAUAGACCGAAACCUCAGGUUAUAAUAGUGACUAAUCUGUCUGUGCUCAUGAACUUUCUAAAAUGUGUGCUUCAUCCCAGUCUGACCGCAUGUCUGAGUCAAACCAGCGAGUUCUCCGUGGUAGAUACGCCUUUUCCUGCAGGAUUCCGUCUGGAGUUACUAAGUCAUUUCCCCCUUACGAACAGAGAAGAAGCGAAUAGACAACUUGACGAAUCCAUAAAAAUUCUGCAACGUGGAACCGGCAUUGUCUGUGCGGAAUUGUGGGUUACCCUGGCAAAGUACAGUAGUAUGCCAUUGGGUGAUAAAAAUAAACAGAAUGGAAAAUAUUUGUUGGAAUUACUCUGGCGUGCGAUGGAAUUGGCUUUUCCAGUGGCUUUUCCAGAACAGAAGGAGGACGAAACGGCUGGUUCUGUACACGAAUCCUUCAAUCUCAGUGUGAGUUUGAUUUUAUUCAUCAGUUGGCCUUUGGCUGAUAUAGGAGACAACUACCUAAAUUACAUGUGAGAGGUUAGCAGUGGAAGUCCAUAGACCCCACUAUUUGAUCAGUCACUGAUCAAGGUUAGAAGAAGUGGACCUGAGUGCAGCGUGUGAAAUCAGCUUUGAUUUCACCUUGAGGUUAGUAGUUCAUUAAAUGACACGUAUUUGCUCAUGUGCCAAAGUCAAGGACCCACUCAAACGACUCCAUAAUUAGCCUCAAAACGAUAAACAAGACUGCUAAAAAUGGUUCCAAACACAUGUUGGAUAACCUCGUUUUUUGUUAUUCCACAACUUCAGCAAAAACUAUAAGACUCAAGCUCUGGAGAAUAAGGUCAAUAGCUACUGCGUAUGUUUCUUG